UUCUCACCAACUCAGAGUGAGGCGCGCAUUUCCUGCUGUGAAAAAAAAACCGUACCCUCUACUGAAAUGGCUUCCUGUUUGGUGGCUGCUGCUCACUCACUUCACUGUUCUUCAACUCGGCCAAAGACAAGGUGCUGUUUUCUCAGGUCCUGCAGUGGGCCUGGGCUUUCCAGAACAGUGCCCUACAUGGCAUAUUCAGGGCCCACUGUUGGGGGAUGAGAAUAGUGUAUUUUCAGUGGGGCCUGGGGGUUCUCUCUUGACAUUUGUAGAUAUACUUUUUCCACUGUCACAAACGACCUACCCAACGCUGUUGUGUGACAGAGUGAAACAUUUUGUACUUCACAAAGUGGCGUAACAAAGCUGUGUUUCCUGCUGUAUAUGUACAUGAGGUUCAACACGAGGUUCAACACGAGCCUGGAGGUGGUGGGCACACUGAGGGGGAGAGCAUGCUCAAGUGAAGGAAACCAGCAAAUGCCAUGAGAGCUUGACAGUGACUUAUGAAGACGUCAUCUGUCAUAGCAGGGCUGCACCACGUGGCCGAGGAAGAACGGUCCUGAGAAUCAUGCUGAAGACCGAUGCAUCAUCAGAGGCUCUCAGAAGCGCUUGAGAAAUAGGUGAGACGGUUGCAUCAUCAGAGGCUCUCCGAAGCUCUUGAGAAAUAGGUGAGAGUUGCAAGAGCAAGAGAAGGCGAGUAACUGAAGUUCCGUGAGCACAAGUGACUGGAGGCUCAGCAUGCAGUGAAAUGAAGACGGCAGACAAGAGACUCAAAGGAACCCUGCUGCCUGCAGCAGAACACAACCUACAAUGGGGGGCCGCAGCUGUUUGAGACCCAAUUAGUAUACCUGAACCAACUGGCUUUGCUUGGCAGAAUGGAGUCUCUGGAGGACGGGCCUGACCAGGGGCAUGCUAAAUGCUGUGUUAAGUCCUCCAGAAGGAUGUCCAAUGGGGACUCGGCCCCUGCCAGCGGGCCCUUUGUCCUUCUGCUGCACCUCAGGGCGUGCCAGGAGGCCUGGGCACCUGGGGCACCCUGGACCAAAGAUGGGGCACAUGCUGCCCUGUGGGGUCGCCCUGCAGGGAGUUUCCUGGUACUGCGAGAUUCUUCUGCUCGGCCGGAGCUGCUGUGUGUGUGUGUGGAGGGCGCCAGCGAGCCUGUGAAGGAUUUCCCCAUCCGUGGCUCUGGAACAGUGGUGCAGCUGAUAGACUCUCACCUGGGGUUUCCUGACCUUGCUCAGCUGGUGGUAUUCUACACUCUGAGCAGAGACGUGCUGCCUGUGUGUCUACUCGUCCCUGCAUGGAUGUCCAGUCUGGCCAAGCCCUCUGAGAAGCCGCCUCCACAGCUUGGACCCAAGUCCUGGCUGUGUCCUCCAUCAAACACAUCUUCUGAUUCCAUGUCUGUGUCAUCAGUAGCACCUGGGGUUGUCAUGUGCACCAUACAGCUGACCACAGCCAGCGGAGCUCUCUGCAUCGUCAACCCACUUUAUGUCCAUGAGCAUGGAGAUGAUUGGCUGUCCCAAGCGUCAGUCAGUGCCCAGCAGGGCGCUCACCCAGACAAACGGAGGUUCGAAAGGCGGCUCAGCAAGACCAGACCCUGGGGAGGAGCGGGAUUGGUCAAGAAUAGAGGAAUUUCAUUGGAUGAAGAGACACUGCAAAGCUACUCGAAAGGUCCAGCAGGUGCAGGAGUGGGGGCCGCGGUGGUCACUACCUCGACUGGAGUGGUGCUCCGCAGGUCAAGCAGCAGCAGCACCUCCAGCACCAGCAGCAGCAGCUGUGACCUCUUCCAGCGGGCCUCCACUGGGAGCUCAGUCUUCUACAGCUCAGCACCUCAGUCCCCUCACCGUGUGUCCUGGGUGGAGAGCAACAUGUGGAUGUCCCCCCCUCCCCCACCCUCUCUCCUCCACCCUCCAUCGCUGGAGCUGGACUCGCUGUCAGUCAGCAGCAUGGAGGAGGAGACUGACUCCGCCUGCUCUAGUCCCGCCCUCUCUCACCACUCGCGCCUGCUAUUGGCCGGCAAGAUGAAAAAUCGCCUGUCUGCCGUGGGCAACGCGCUUGGCGGUCUGGUGAAUCCCCAAAAGCGGCUGACCAAUCGGGUGCAGGAGCUGAGCAGGAGCAGGAGCGGGGGGUUUGGGGUGGCGCUGCGGGCCUUCGUGGAGCAGACUCAGCGGGCGGUGGUGGCGGAGGCCGUGACGAGCACAGACAUCCUGCAGGAGGUGCGCACCUCCCUCACAGGUCUGCGGGACAUGCUGAUGGAGCACACCGACGUCAGCAGCCUCAUGGACAGCAUGGCAGACCUGCCUGAAGCUGAGCUGGAUGUCAUGCUGGAGACCUCACUGCAUAAAGUGGCCCUGAAGCCCGUCAGCUCCCACCUGUACUCCUGCAUCCACUCCUCCCACAGCAGUGAUGGAAGCUUCCAGAAGCUCCAGAGCAACCAGCACACACUGGAGGGCCGGAGUCUGGAGGAGCUGGAGGGCACCAGUGGGACGGGGGUUCCCGAUCCUGUCACCAUGGAGAAGAUCCAGCAGCGCUGGGUGUCCAUGCAUGGGGCGUACUCACCCAACACCAAGGUGCACAUCCUGCUUAAGGUGUGCAAGACCAUAUACCACAGCAUGCGCGCAAACGCCAAGCCUGGUGUGGUGUUUGGGGCAGAUGACUUCCUGCCUUGUUUGACAUGGGUGCUACUGCGCAGUGAUGUGGUCACUCUGCAAAUAGACACGGACUACAUGAUGGAGCUUCUGGACCCCAUGCAGCUACAGGGAGAGGGUGGCUACUACCUGACAUCUGUCUACUCCGCUCUCUUCUACAUCAGCACCUUCCGUCCCCGUUUGGCAGUUAGACAACUUAGUGUGGAGGCCCAACAGUCCCUCAGCCAAUGGCAUCGCAGACGGACCCUACACUGCAACCAGUCACGCAGAGGAUGCCACCGCAGAACCAUCCGGAGGCACGCAAACACCAAGACAAGUCCUAAAGACGCACCAGGACCUGAGGGGGAGAGUAGGGACACUCAGGUGCCCCCUGGGGGUAGUGAGGAGACACUGCAGGUUAUUACUGACCACCAGAGUGUAGUGGAGGUUUGUAUGAAGGAACAGUCUGAGAAUCACACACAAGAGCCACAACCCAGAGACAACAAGUCACCUGGUGUCAGAGGCAGUGGUCCAGAUGCCAAAACAGGACCCUCUCAGGGUGGUUGGGCUGACUGA